AUGGGUGCAUGCAUUUCAAAACAUGAUAAUCAAAGCCAGAAUGCUUCAAUGCUUCCUAUUGUGCAACAAAUUCCAGAAUUUUAUUAUUUGUCCCGACUUAGCAAAGAGAUCCUCCACAUAAAGCCGCAAGCGAUAACUAAGUAUUCCCUUGGCAAAAAAUUAAAAAUUUAUGAAGAUUCUGCAAUAGGGUAUCUUUCCGACAAUAAAAUUAUGGUUAUUGGUGGGAGUGAUAAAACUGGCUGUUUAGUUAAUAACGCUUAUAUAAUCGAUUUAGCCAGCAAACAAGCUUCAGUUAUUUCGAAGUUGCCUUUAGGGUCAAAGGGAGGGCACAUAUUUCAAUAUAACAAAUAUGUCUAUUAUAUCGAUGGGCUGAUUGAAGGAGAGAAUGAAGAUUCUAAUCUAAUGGUAGAGCCUGCUCCUCUUAUGAGAUAUAGCACAGAUGACAACUGUUGGGAAUAUUAUGUCAGCCAUAAGCAUGCAGUUAAGAAGGAAAUAAAAACAUUUUUAACAAAAAGAGUCACUGAAAGACAUGAUGACUAUGAGACUAAAAGGUCUCAUAUCAGAGAGAUUUCAUACACAGAUCUUAUAAAUUCAGGUAUCUUUUUAUAUAAUGGGAAAAUUUAUUUCAUAGGUGGGCAGAGAAUCAAUACUAUAGGAAAAUUAAAGUCAACUAAAAAGAUUUACUCUUUGGAUUGCGAUUCACUAGAAUUUAAACUUGAACCAUGCAGAAUGCCUAUAAAAAUAUUAAACCCUCUAUGCGCAGUUCGUUCUAAUAAUGUUGUUAUAGCUGGAGGAAUUAAUCCGAUUGAUAAUAAGCCAAACUAUCAAGCUUACACUUUGGUUUUCUCUGAAAAAAUGGAAUUCAAAAGACUAGAAUCAAUAAAAGACCCAAUUUCAGAAAAAUACCCACCUCUGACAACUAAAGAAGCUUCACUAUUUUUUUCGUAUCCAAAAGUGCAUUAUAUAGAUAAUGGCUUAUUAAAAUGGUCUCAAAAAGAUAUUGAUGAAAUCUCAUCAAAAGCAAUUAUCAACCCUGAUAAAAAAAUAGAAAUUUCAGAAAACAAAGUUGAAGAAAAGAAUCCAGUAAAAUAUCACCAUAAAAUUUCUACAGCUCUUCCUCUUGAGGAGCAUAAUAGCUUUGAUAAAGAAGAAGGGUCGCCAAGCUCAAGCGAAUAUAAUGAAGAACCUUUGAUUGAACCUAUUGAAAGCCAUAGAAUUCAAACAGAAAAUCCAAAAGCAACUCAUGAUAUACCGUGAGCACGGCUAUAGAUCGACCUGAGAACCCCUCCUCCCCCUCCCCUCCCUCCACCCCCUGACAGUUUCAACUUUAUUGAAAUCUUCAAAUUAAAUUUGACUUGUCAAAUCCUUAGUGAGGGACUUGUCAUUUUGAAUUAACAAUGUCGUUCAAAUUGAAACCGUCAAGGGGUGGGGGAGGGAAGGGAGAGUUUCAGGUCGAGCCAUACCUGUUCUGAAGGUAUAGAUUUAUUGAAAAAAGCAAUUUUGUUUAUGAAGAAAUAGGACCUGGAGGGUUGAAAAGAUUAAUUAGAGGCAUGACAUUUGAUGUAGAUGAGUUUAAGAGGAGACUUACAAUUAUAGAGGAAGAAAAAAUGAAGAAAAAAGAUAUGGCAACUCAUAAAAAUACAGGGUUCAAAGAUUGGAUUAUUGGGGAAAAAAUUGAGGGAGAAGAACAACCUGAAGUAAGAAAAAGAAACGAAGAAAUUAAAGUUGUGAGAGAUCGCGCAUAG